CGUUGUCAGGUGUCACUUGCCGGUGUAUGUGAAAUGUGAAUGUGUGUGUGUAUGCGAUUAUCAUAUUGUUGAUUUAUAAUAAAGAAAUUAUAUUUGCGAUUAAUUCUAUUUAAGGUUUUGGCGCAGUAACUACAAUGACAACCGAAAAAAGAAUAGACAUUACUCAGCCACUAUGGGAUCAAAGUACCUUUACAGGCAGAUUCAGGCACUUUGCCUUCAUUUCAAAUCCCCUACUAUCAUUGGUACCCGAAAAAGAACUUCAUCAGGCCAAAGAACUCUAUUUCAAAUAUAAGCAGGGCCAAGAGCCAGCUGGUACAACUAUGUCUCAAGUGGUCAGAGCCAAACAGCUGUAUGAAUCAGCCUUCCACCCAGACAGUGGUGAACUGCAGAAUGUGUUUGGUAGGAUGUCCUUUCAAAUGCCUGGAGGUUGUCUCGUGACGGGUGCUAUGCUGCAAUGGUAUAGAACAGCAACGGCCGUUGUUUUCUGGCAAUGGGUGAACCAGUCCUUCAACGCUCUGGUUAACUACACGAACCGUAACGCGAACUCGCCGUUGACCACGACUCAGAUGGGCGUCGCGUACGUGUCGGCGACGUCGGCCGCCAUGGCGACGGCGUUGACGUUCAAGUUCGUCAUACAAAAACGCGCAACUAAUCCCAUUUUAGCUAGAUUCGUUCCGUUCUUUGCCGUGGCGGCUGCUAACUGGGUCAACAUUCCAUUAAUGAGGCAGAAUGAAAUCCUUCUAGGUCUAGAUGUAACGGAUGAAAAUGGAAAAAUUAUAGGAAAAUCACAGAUAGCUCCCGUUAAAGGAAUAUCCCAAGUUGUAACGUCCAGGAUAAUAAUGUGUGCUCCGGGUAUGUUGCUGCUGCCUGUGAUCAUGGAGAGACUGGAGCCCAAGGCCUGGAUGAAGAGGAUCAGGUGGGCUCACAUCGGUAUCCAGACAGGCAUUGUUGGUUUGUUCUUAACGUUCAUGGUGCCAACUGCGUGUGCAAUAUUUCCACAGAAAUGUAAACUCUCCGUGGAUACAAUGAAGCGUUACGAAAAAGAGAGAUAUGAGGAAAUUUUAAAGAAUACGGACGGCAAGCCGCCUCAGUACGUUUACUUCAAUAAGGGUCUGUAAAUAGUUGUUAUAUAAGUAAUAAUCAUAUAGAUUAGUCGAAAAUCAGUAGGAUAAGCUAGUUGCGUACACGCGGUAAUCGUUUGAAAUAGUUAAAUUGUCAAUUAUUAUUUAGUUAUUGCUACUUAUCAUUAUAUGAAAUGUGGUUGACACUUCUUAAACUGGAUGACAGUACUAUUCUGUAAGAACUCACUUCGCAUCUCACUGAGUGAUAAGUAAGUUCGACGAUUGUACGGGCUACGAUAGCCAAGAAAUGUAAACAAUUUGUUCAAAUACUGGUAAAGGUUUGAACAAAAGUACGCUGCAGCGAUUUAUCUUCAUUAUCUUAUCAAACUAUUAAAACAUACAGCGCUAGAUCGCUUAUAGAGAAUAUUAUAUCACAACCAAAACGACGUAAGUGCCUUUAAUUUCAUGGCGCUUACGCUUUUCGUUGACACGUCACGAUCUUUUUAUGAGUUUUACAGAACGUACACGUUCUUACGGAAUGUAAAUUGUACAAAUAUAUAUUUUUUAUUAUAUUACAUUAACACUAAAAGUAAUAACUAAUUUGCUGAGGGAAUUGUGUGUAGAGAGAACUAACAAUACUUUUAUAAAUGAAUCCAUAGACAAUAAAUAUAGACCAUAAAAAAAUAUCUAUGCAGUAUAUCAUAGGCGUAGCAAAGGUUUUUGCAACAAGAAGGAGGGGGGAUUUCGUUAAUUUGUUGCCUAAAGUACUUAAGCCUUUUUUUGCACCAAGUUUUCUUUGGAGAGCCCCCCCAUGUCCUUACCUCGCUGCGCCAAUGAUGUGAUGUAUAAACCAACGGUUGUUCACUACUGAUAUUAGUUGGUGCUUCAAUUUCAGUUACAAAGCAAUAGCAUUUAUGUCAUGGGCAUUUAAACGAUUCUCGAUUAACAGAAUCGAUUUAAAUACAAAAUACAGAAUCUAUAGAAGCAAGCGUAUAUAUUUAUGUUAUUAUAUAUGUAUCAAUAAACAAUUGAAAAACUUAUUAAUGAACUUAAUUGAGAUCUGAAUUGUAAAUGUUUCAUCCUGAACAUGGCUGACAUAAGAUUAUUGUAAUUGACUAAAUAAAAUCGGAGCUUCCACAACUCUACUACGACUUUUAUACUGACAGAUAUAUUGACUUAUGAUAUCUAAUUCACAAAAAUAAUGAUUUAGUCAUGAUUUAAAACGAUUGCGAAUGAAUAAAAAAAUAUCUUAAUAAUUAUUAAUUAAUAAUUAAAGUGUGCUCAGUUCGACUCUAAUUUUUCAGAAUAUUAGAUUAAAAUAUUUUCUUCAUUAUUUUUUAUUAGUUUGAAAUCAAAUACUAUAAUAUAAAAAAUAAUAAUUACGCACACA